AUGCUGACUUGGAUACGCGAUAACCUCAAAGACCUAAAACCGGUGAUCUUUUACAAAAAAUUUGCCUAUUCACACACCUCACGGAAACAAGCCGAAGAAAAAUUACGAGAGUUACUUACAGCAAUCAAGGAUGAGAGAAAUACCGUCAAUCGGAAGAAGGCUAAGUCUUUGCUAGAUAAUUUUGAGCCGUGGACGCAGUCAAUUGACUGUGAGAAGUAUUGGUUGGAUGUAGAGACCUCACUCGGCAGGUUGGCGCACGAAGCGUCAGGACGAAUUUCAGCGUACAAUACAAUUAAAAACUUCACCAGAAAAAUCAACGAUGAGGAAGAAGCUCUAAAUGAAUUUCAACCGCCAUCGAAAAGAGUCAAGAAUGAUGAUCUCGAACAGCAACGAACUCCAAACCGACAAACAUAUCCUCCAGAAACUAGUGGAGAGGCACGACAUCGUGUUUUCAAUAUCUCAGUAAAUCAAGAUCACGAUGAUGAACCAGGAAGCAAUUCACCACUUCACGACGAGUUUGUAAAAGAGAUCUCGGAAUCUUCUUCCUGUGAAGAAACAAAGUUUACAAAGUCAGCUCGUAAGUUGGAUAGUGACGAAGAAAUUUCAUCAGUAAAUCAAGAUCAAGAACCAGAAAGCAGAUCACCAAUUCAUGAAGAGUUUGUAAAAGAGAUGUAUGUAUCUUCUGAUACAUCUGAUAUAGAAGAAACAAAGGUUGCAAAGUCAGCUCGUAAGUUGGAUAGUGGUGAAGAAACAUCAUCAGUAUCACCAACUAAACGGAUGAAAUUAAAUGAAGAUACAGAUGGUUUAAAUGAGAGUGCGAAUUUUGAUUACGGGCUCAGAAAUUACGAAGAGGGAAUAAUUGUUGAUUCUGAGCUGGCCCUUCAAGAAACAGACGAGGAAUCAGUACCAACAUCUGAGCGCCUCUUUAAUGAGGAUACUUGGAAGAAAUGGACACUGAAAUCUAGUUCAGUCGUGGCCGAUCUUUUGGAUAAAUUUGCCCGUAAAAAAGGACAUCCUCUUAGACCUGAAGCUUGGAGAAUCGUCCGGUGUGGUUUUAAAAUUGCGAAACCGAAAUGGUGUAGCAAUGAGGAUUAUUCGGAAAUUCAAAGGUAUACAAGACGUGCAACUAUUUCUAGUCGGACGGAAACAAUAUCUAGGCUUCAAAGACAAAGGACACUUGAAUCAUUAGGACAAGGAAUAGAGGAAAUCGUAAAUGGAGACACUUAA